AUGAUUAAAUAUAAGCGUGAAUUAUUUAGAACUCAAAUUAGAUAGCAGUUACAUUAAAAUGUUUUCAAAUAGAAAAGAAUAUUAACUAAUACACAAAUAGAGUAAGCUUUUUCAUUCAAUCAAUUGAUCGAAAUGAUAAUCAAUGCUAGAAUAAUUACUAAGGAACAUCUAAAAGAAAUGAAUUCUUGUUUACUAUUUUGCAUUAAUUAACAACUCUCUGAUGAACAAAUCAAUUUAAUUUAGAGAAAUAUUGAUAAUUUACUUUCACUAUUAAUAUAUUAAAUUACCAAUAAAAAUACCUUAAUUUUAGAGUCAUUAACAAUAUUUAUCAAUUUAACUUUUUUUUCUGAUGAAAUUUUGCACAAAUUACUAACAAAUUUUAAUAUACUUUAAAUCAUUUCGAAGUUGUUAUAGAAUCAAAACGAAAUUCGAACUGCACUUGAACUUUUACAAAAUAUUUGGUGUAAUCCUAACUCCUAGAAAUUAGAGUAAUUGGAUCUAUUUAUAUCAAUAAAUGAUCUUGUUGAUUUAUCGAUUUCUAAAAACGAAAAUCAAUCUAUUUUAUUAAUUUCAAAAUGUCUAAAAAAUUUCUUUAGCAGUGUAUGUGAAGAUUUUAUACUGUUUGAUUGCAACUAUAUGAUAAAACUAGUAAAAAAACUAUUAAACUACGGAUUAAAAGAAAGAUAAUAAUUUAUUUUAGAUUAAAUAGAGAUAUAUUGUAUGAUUGUAUAAAAACUAAAUUUAAACUUUAUUCAAUAAGAUCAAGAUUUGAUACUUAAAUUGAUAAAUUUAAGUUUGAAUGUAACAAUAAUAGUUGAAUAAAUUACUAAUUUACUAUAUUAUUUAUGUAGAAAUGAACCAGAGUGUUUUUAUUAAUUAUUAUUAAGUCAUAUUAUUGAAUAUUCAAAAUCAAUAAUAAGAUUAAAUAAUUAUGAAUUAAUACCUCAGAUUUUAAAUUUAUUAACAAUAAUAUUUUAUUAAUUAUCAUAAAUUAGUAAUAGCUUAUUAUAACCUUUUUAUGAAGAUAAUAUAAUUUUAAAAGAGAUAAUAAGAUUUAGUGAGGAUUGCAAUCCAUCAAGGGUGAGAGAAAGUUCUAUUCGUUGUAUAAAGAUAUUAAUUGAAAAUUCAAACGAAUUAUAAAUAUAAAGUUUAGUUGAAUUGGAAGUUCACAUAAUACUAAUAGAUUUAUUAAAAGAGAUUUCUCUUGAUUAAAUUUAUACCUUAUAAAUUUUAUAAUCAUUAAAUAGUUUGUUAAAUUUUUAUAGUGUUCAAGCAUUUUAAAUGGAAUAUCCUAAUCAUUUAGAGUAAUACGCUUUAUCAAAUAAUGAAGAGAUAGCAGAAGAAGCUAAUGAAAUCUUACUAAAAUUUGAAGAUGAUUUUCAUAAUAUUUGUUAGUGA